GCAACAUGGCCGCCCUCAGGCGCUGCAGGCGGAAGCUCUGCGUCUUCCGGUCCGUUGUGGGGCCUGAGGUGGGGGUGGGGGAGAGGAAGGCGGAGGGAACUAUGCGAGGAUUUGCGAUCCGCGCUCAGGGGAGCCUCGAGAGACCGUUUCUGAGGGGGAUUUGAUCCCCCAUGGCCACCGAUGACAGCAUCAUUGUACUUGAUGAUGACGAUGAAGAUGAAGCGGCUGCUCAGCCAGGGCCCUCCAACCUACCCUCCAAUCCUGUCUCAACAGGACCAGAAGCCUCUGGUCCCUCCGAGCCCCGCACGGAUGGAGGGAGCAGUAACUCGGGUAGUAGGAAGUGCUACAGGUUGGAUAACGAGAAGCUCUUUGAAGAGUUCCUUGAACUGUGUAAGACGCAGACAUCAGACCACCCUGAGGUGGUUCCGUUCCUCCACAAACAGCAGCAGCGUGCCCAGUCUGUGUUUCUGGCCUCUGCAGAGUUCUGCAACAUCCUCUCCAGAGUUCUGGCUCGGUCUCGGAAGCGGCCCGCCAAGCUCUAUGUCUACAUUAACGAGCUCUGCACUGUUCUUAAAGCUCACUCCAUCAAGAAGAAGUUGAACUUAGCUCCUGCAGCCUCGACGGCCAGUGAAGCGCCCGGCGCUAACCCUCCCACAGAUCCCCCCUCUGACCUUACAAACACCGAAAGCACCACCUCUGAGGCCCCAAGGAGUCGCGGUUCCCGGAGGCAGAUCCAGCGCCUGGAGCAGCUGCUGGCAUUGUACGUAGCAGAGAUCCGGCGGCUGCAGGAAAAGGAGUUGGACCUGUCAGAACUGGAUGACCCAGACUCCUCAUAUUUGCAGGAGGCCCGCUUGAAGAGGAAGUUGAUCCGCCUCUUCAGGCGGUUGUGUGAGUUGAAGGACUGCUCUUCUCUGACGGGGCGGGUCAUAGAGCAGCGCAUUCCCUACCGAGGCACCCGAUACCCAGAGGUCAACAGGCGCAUUGAACGGCUCAUCAACAAGCCGGGGCCGGACACCUUCCCCGACUAUGGAGAUGUUCUGAGAGCUGUGGAGAAGGCGGCGACCCGGCACAGCCUGGGCCUUCCCAGACAGCAGCUUCAGGUCCUGGCUCAGGAUGCCUUCCGGGACGUGGGUGUCAGGUUACAGGAGCGGCGCCACUUGGAUCUCAUCUAUAACUUUGGCUGUCACCUCACAGAUGACUAUAGGCCAGGCAUUGACCCCGCACUGUCUGAUCCCACAUUGGCUCGCCGCCUUCGGGAAAAUCGUACCUUGGCCAUGAACCGUCUGGAUGAGGUCAUCUCCAAGUAUGCAAUGAUGCAAGACAAGACCGAGGAGGGUGAGAGACAGAAGAGACGGGCCCGGCUCUUAGGCACCGCCCCCCAACCUUCAGACCCCCCCAAAGCCUCCUCGGAAUCUGGUGAGGGUCCUAGCAGUGUGGCAUCUCAGGAGUGCCCUACUACCUCCAAAGCUGAGACGGAUGACGACGACGACGAGGAGGACGACGACGACGAAGAUGACGAGGAAAGUGAUGAUGAUGAGGAGGAGGAGGAAGAGGAGGAGGAAGAGGCUAGUGAAGAUGAAGAUGAGGAUUUAGAACAGUUGCAGGACGAUCAGGGGGGUGAUGAAGAAGAGGAAGGAGGAGAUAAUGAAGGAAAUGAGAGUCCCACAUUGCCUUUGGACAUUUUCCCUAGAAGGAACUCAGAGCCCAUAGAAGGGCUCAGGCCCCCCGAGGGGCAGCAAACGAGGGGACUGACAGAGACCCCAGCAUCCCCGCCAGGGGCAUCCCUGGACCCUCCCAGCACCGACGCAGAGAGCAGCGGAGAGCAGCUCCUCGAGCCGCUCCUGGGAGACGAGAGCCCUGUGUCCCAGCUUGCUGAGCUGGAGAUGGAAGCUUUGCCUGAGGAAAGAGACGUUUCCUCUUCCAGGAAAAAGUCAGAAGAGGAUUCCCUCCCCACCAUCUCGGAAAACGGGGCAGCUGUGGUUACCUCUACAUCCUUCAAUGGGCGUGUCUCUUCUCACACUUGGAGAGAUGCCAGUCCCCCGAGCAAGAGAUUUCGGAAGGAAAAGAAGCAACUGGGCUCUGGACUGUUAGGAAACAGCUAUAUAAAAAAAACGAUGGCACAGCAGGACAGUGGGUGGACCCCAAGUGUCCUGCCUAUGCCGUCUCCCCCCUUGGCCUCUGUGGCUUCUGUUGCUGAUUCCUCCACAAGGGUGGACUCUCCCAGCCGUGAACUGGUGACCAGCUCCCUGUGCAGCUCUUCUCCAUCCCUGCUUCUCCAGGCGCCCCAGGCCCAGUCUCUCCGGCAGUGUAUUUAUAAGACGAGUGUGGCCACACAGUGCGACCCGGAGGAGAUCAUCGUGCUCUCAGACUCUGAUUAGCAGUCCCCGUGCUCCCUGUGCUCCCUGCAUCCAGAAGGUUUUGUAUGGCUGUUGGAAGAUGAUGGAGCAAAAGAUGGACAGAGCUCCUCCCUUUUUGAUGGUGUUUCUUUUGACAAAAAUAAAUAAAAAUGUUUUAAGUUUUACACAGACACAUUAAUAAACAAUGAAUUUCUUUUUAUUGUA